GCGUUUCAAACACUUCCACUGAGAAGAGUUGGACAGAAGGAGAUCGGCACAGGCGUCUCUUCCGUGGGGCGUGGAUUCGUCAUCAGAUGCUCAGGAACUUCAUGGCGGUGGUGCUGAGCGGUCGAUGCCGCCAGGACGGAUGUGUUUGCCACAGAAGUCAAAGGAGCCAGAAGACAACAAAUCAUCCAGAAAACCCUACCGAAUAUCCACAGGGGAGGCAUUUUCGUGCAUAAUAAUUAGAAAAAGAAGAGGCCCUUUGAAGAGCGUCCAUAAUGGACCAAUGUAGCCUUUUGGGAGAUGCUGUCAUUAUUUCUGUCCCCCGUUAGCGAAGAUUAAAAGGCAGCAGCAAAGAGCAUCCAAGGCAAUUCUUUGGGGGCCUUUUUUUUUUUUUUUUGGUCAUUGUUCUCAUCUUUUUCGUCCGUGCAUUGCUAUUUACUGACCUUUCCCAGUGGAAUCUGUGUCUCCCCCUCCCCACUUGCUCCACCCCAUACAGUUCCAGCUGAGAAGAAGCGCUGAUUCCCCCCAAACCCUGCCAUGAGACCCCCCUUUGCAAGACACCUUUAAUGGAAGAUGUACCUUUAUGUUGAAAUUCUUUUGUCAUGAGAUUGCAUUGUGGCUGCUCAGUGGGAAAUAAAAUUAAAAGCGCAAGAAGAAGGAACCGGGAAGACAGAAAGAAAAGCAUCUGAAAUCACAAGGAAGGAACGAUAACAUCUUUUCUUUUCUGUCCUUCUAAAGGUCUAAAUAGCUAAAGACUGAGAAGAUCACAGUUUGAUCUAGGGGGGAAAUAUUGCUAAAAAUAGUACAUAAGAAUGAUUGAUGAGCCUGUCAACUAGAAAUGGGUUCUAACACAUGUCUUUAGGUUGCAACUCUUUCUCAGGCCUGCAUUAUGCCCGAAGACAGGAAUACAGGGGUCCGUGCCUCAGGUGCUUUAGCAUCGUCCCCCUUUGUUCCCAAAACUACCUACAGAAGAAUUAAGCGCUGCUUUAGCUUCCGCAAAGGUAUUUUUGGUCAGAAGCUGGAAGACACGGUCCGUUAUGAGAAAAGAUAUGGAAACCAUCUGGCUCCCAUGUUGGUGGAACAGUGUGUGGAUUUUAUUCGACUGCGUGGGCUGAAAGAAGAAGGACUUUUCCGACUGCCGGGUCAGGCUAACCUCGUCAAGGAAUUACAGGAUGCUUUUGAUUGUGGAGAGAAGCCUUUGUUUGACAGAAAUACAGACGUACACACAGUGGCGUCGCUUUUGAAAUUGUACCUGCGGGAGCUCCCAGAGCCGGUGAUCCCCUACUCCAAAUAUGAAGAUUUUCUCUCCUGUGCCAAGCUGCUCAGCAAGGAAGAGGAGGCGGGACUGAACGAAUUAGUGAAACAAGUGAAGGGUUUGCCGCUUGUCAACUACAACCUGUUGAAGUACAUUUGCAGAUUCCUGGAUGAAGUCCAGUCCUAUUCUGGAGUAAACAAAAUGAGUGUGCCAAACCUUGCUACUGUAUUUGGUCCAAACAUCCUGCGUCCAAAAGUGGAAGACCCUCUGACCAUCAUGGAAGGUACUGUCGUUGUCCAGCAAUUGAUGUCUAUGAUGAUAAGCGAACACGAGCUGCUGUUUCCUAAGGAUGCAGACCUGCAAAGUGGACAGGAAGUGUGUAAUAACAAUAAUGAUGUCCAAAAGAAAAUGAUCAUUGGUCAGCUCCAGAACAAAGAGAACAACAACACCAAGGAGUCACCAGUGAAACGUUGCUCUUGGGAUAUGCCUGAAUCACCUCAAAGAAGCGUGGUUGAUAACGGAUCUCCUACCGCCCAGCCUGGGAGCAAGUCAAAUAGCCCGAGGAACAGCAUUCACAAACUGGAUGUCACCAGAAGUCCGCCCCUCAUGGUGAAAAAGAACCCAGCAUUUAAUAAAGGCAGUGGUAUAGUCACCAAUGGGUCCUUCAGCAGCUCUGUGGAGGGCCAAGAGAAAACCUCACCGGCCUUACCCAAUGGGACCUUGCAGAGCAGAAGAACAUCUGCCCUGAAAGGGCCAGUAACAAAAAUGGGCACACACAGUGUGCAGAACGGCGGGGUACGAAUGGGCAUUUCUAGUACUGACACCCAUAGCAACUCUCUGAACAGCCGCACUCAAAGCUGGAUGCCCAAUGGGUAUGUGACAUUGAGGGAUAACAAGCAGAAGGAGUCGAUCAGUGACUCAGGCCAACACCACAGACUCUCGACUUACGACAAUGUGCACCAGCAGUUCUCCGUGGUGAAUGCGGAAGACAAGCAGAGCGUCGACAGCGCCACUUGGUCCACAUCCUCUUGUGAAAUAUCCCUCCCGGAACAUUCCAAUUCCUGCCGGUCUUCGACCACCACGUGUCCCGAGCAAGACUUUUAUGGGGCCAAUUUUGAAGACCCCGUUUUGGAUGAGGCCCCUCAAGAGGACCUCUCCAACCAAGGAGAUUACGAGAGCAAAGGUGACCGGAGAAGUGUCGGGGGCCGCAGCAGCCGGGCCACCAGCAGCAGUGACAACAGUGAAACGUUUGUGGUCAACAACACAAGCAACCACAGUGCUUUGCACAGCCUCGUGUCCAGUUUAAAGCAGGAAAUGGCAAAGCAAAAGCUGGAGUAUGAAACAAGGAUAAAAAGUCUUGAGCAGAGAAAUAUCUCCCUGGAGACUGAAAUGAUGAGCCUGCAUGAUGAACUGGAGCAAGAGAAAAAGAAGUUUACAAUGGUUGAAAUUAAAAUGCGCAAUGCUGAGCGGGCCAAAGACGAUGCAGAGAAGAGGAAUGACAUGCUGCAAAAAGAGAUGGAGCAGUUUUUCUCAACAUUUGGGGAACUGACAGUAGAACCACGUCGGCCAGAAAGAGGCAACACCAUCUGGAUCCAAUGAGUACUGCUGACCAAGACUGUGGGCUUCUGGGAAGAGGGUUGUUAAGAUAUUAUAUUGUAACAGGUGACUGGUCACCUGGCUGAGGCUAGCACUCAACAUAAUGUUGUCACCCCUCAAAAGAAGGCACCAUGUUGACAUAAACCAACCGCAUCUGCCAUGUGUACUUUUUAAUUGAGAAACCAUACUCCCUGAAUGCAUCAUAAUGCUACUGUCAAGUGUUGCAACUGGGCUUGUGUAUAUAGAUUUUAAAUAGGUCAUCAUGGGGACGAAAAUAGAAAUACAAGAAAAAAAAUAUUUUAAUGCAAGUCUUAUAUUUAAACUGGCAAAUGGAAACGUCAUUGCAAUCAAGCUUUAUAUAUUGAGGCUUUUCUCCCUUGCACUUACUUAACAUAAGCUAUCUUUGGCAUUGUGUUACCAUCAGCUUAUUUUGUAUAUUGUUUUUCUUUGGUUGCCCUUGUCGCUGGGGAAUUAAGAUAAACAAAUAUAUAUAAUGUUAGCUAUUAAACAAAAAGCAAGAUAAUGUGUGACUGUGCUGUUUGUGCCAAUGGGUUUGCCCAUGACCAAAAAAAAAAAAUGUAAAUAAUUUUAUAAAAAAUAUAACAUGCACAUCUAA